AUGAUUGGCUUUGUCCUUAGUAAAAUUUGUUAUAUUUUUAGGAAGGACUUUUAAUUCACUUUAGAAGGGACCUAUACUAGCACAAUAUUUGAUUUUAUCAGAGUUGUGGUCAGUGAUUGUGAUGAUUCCAAAAAGGGGUAUAAUAAUUGGAACCCUAAAUGUGCCACAUAAUCUGAAAAAACUCUACAUCUAAAUGAAUAAGGAUAAUUUAAAUUGUAGAUCUACUAAGUGAACUCUGUUGUCAAUCCCAAAGCUCCUGAACAAUAUUAUUAAUCCUAUCUUGAUGGAGAAAUGUAUUUUACUUUCGUUCCUUAGAAGUUAUCAAGGCAAACAAAUCUUUUUAAAAUGAUGGCUCAUUAAUGCCAUUUUUUUAGUAUUUACAUAUGGUUGAUUAUUUAGAGUGUGGAUUACAGAGAUUUAACAGAACUGGGAAGAGAUACAGAUCAAAAUUAUGCAAUUGUUUAUCUCAGGAGGAGUCAGUUCUCAGAAUACGUUAAUAGAAGAUAUAUGAAAAUAGAUGAACUAUUGGCAUUUCUAGGAGGAUUUUUAUAAAUAAUGAUAACUGGCUUUGGAAUAUUUAUAAUGUAUUAUAAUAAAUUGUAAUUGUAAAUAGAAUUAUCUAAUAAAUUUUAUAAUUUCUCUAGAGGAUUUAAUAAAACUAACACCUUUAGAAAAUCGGCGAAGUAUAGUGUUAAUGGAUCAAUAAAAAAUGAUACCAAAAUUGGUAUUAAACAGCCCCCAGAAGUAAAAAAAGAUGUCACAUUGAUGAAUGAUAAGGAAGAAAUCAGUAUUACUCAAUAAAUCUUAAAUUUGUUUGAAAAAUCUACUAAAUUAAAAUUGACUCCCAAAUCAUUAAUAAAUUAUCUAUCCUUUGGAUACUUAUUGAAUGAUUAAGACACAAAGAUCUUUAACAAAGCAAUGGUCAGGGUAGACUAAAGUUUGGAUAUUUAAGAAAUACUAUAUUAGUUGUAGGAAGUAAAUAAAUUAAAAACGUUGAUGCUUAAGAGACAGUAAAUUAUACUCUUUAAUUUCACUUAAAAACCAAAUUUGACAUUGGAAGAGGAAGAAUAACUCCCUAGUAGAUUGUUGAUUGAACAGUAGUUAAUAGAGGAUGACAAGGAAGAAUUCAAUAAAGACUAGAUAAUAAAUGAUCUAUACAAGGCAUGGCAAGAUAUAGGUUCUGAUAAUGGUUAAAAUGUUUGCCAAUAAGAAUUGAAUUAGAAACUAAAUCAAGAAUUAGGCGUUGAAAUUCAAAAAGUGUUCCAUGAUUAUGUUAAGGCACAAAAAGAUUUGAAUAUGUAAAAAUAAGAAGAUCAACAACCACUUAAACAGUAAAUAGAAUGA